GGUCCGGCGCCCGCCGGCUCCGCCUUGAGGGCCCGAGACCUGUCGCUCCACCUGUUGGGGGUCCGGCGCCCGCCGCUCCGCCUGAGGGCCCGAGACCUGUCGCUCCGCCUGGGGGCCCGACGCCUGUCGCCCCGCCCGGGGGCCCGGUGCCUGCUGCCCCGCCCGGUGGCCUGCUGCCUGCUGCUUCGCCCUGGUAAUCCCGAUUCCUGCCCGAUGUGCCUCUGCCCGGAGUCCUGCCCGAUGUGCCUCUGCCCGGAGUCCUGCCCGAUUGUGCCAGUCUUUGAUAUCCCGCCAGUUACCAGACCCGGGCGGUGGAAACAUUUUGCCCAGCUAGGACUGUUUGGAGCGUCCUGAGGCCCGCUCCUUGAGGGGGGGUACUGUCAGGAAUGGGACUAGCCAGCAAUGGUGGGACUCACCUGCCUUUUGAUCUGCAGUACCAGGGCUGGCCAGCGGAUGCUCCCAGCAAUCAGAGACUCAACUUUGCAGCCAGCUAACACUGGAACUGAUUAU